AUGGCUUUCAUUUUGCAGGUGAGUUCUCUAUCUCCGGGACUUGCUUGCUCGCCCCCGCGCCCGCCCUCUCCUCCCCCGCCUCCGGCUGCACCACCUGCUCCCGGCGCCGCCCCCCUCCUCCCGCCCGCGCCAGUUCUCACGCGCCGCCCGCGCCCCUCCCCGCCGCUCCCUCCCUUUCACUUCCGCGGAGCUGCCGAGUUGGAGCCGGUAGGCUCGGUGUCCGGCUCCUCCGCCAGUCCGCACUCCCUGAUCGCCCGCCAGCCGCCCAGCGCCGCGCCCCCCACGAAGUUCUACCUCCCGCACCGCCCCCCGCGAGGACUCCAGGGGCGGUCCCGGGUCGGCCGCCGCUGA